CAUCGCUCUCUCACAGCCUCACUCUCACUCCACCCCACUGGGGAAAGCCAAAGCCGCGGGCCGAAGCCAACGCGGCAAAAGCCCAACCCCCCGAGAUCCCUCCCCGCCGCGCCGGCGGAAUCCCCGGGCCUCGUCGUCGUCGGCGGCGGCGAUGGGGUCGGUGUCCCUCAACGUGCCGGCACCCCGCCGCGGCGGCGGCCGGCGCAUCUCCUGCCACUGCACACCGUCGCUGCUCAACCUGCUCAUGUUCCUCGCCCUCCUCUCCACCAACGCCCUCGCCCUCCUCGCCUUCUUCUCCUCCUCCUCCUCCUCCUCCUCCUCCCCCGCCGCCUCCGCCGCCACCGCGGCGGCCUCGACGAUCUCCGACCACGUCGCGGCCAUCGCCCGCGAGAUCGACACCUCCUCCUCCUCCCACCUGCCGUACCGCGCGGACGGCCUGCCACCGGAGCUCCUCCUCUUCCUCUCCCCGCACGCGCUCCCGCUGGGCCGCGACGCCCGCACGGGGCUCACCCACAUGCCGGCCUCCGUCGCGCACUCCUGCUUCAGGUCGCCCGCCACGCUCUCCCUCCUAGCCGCCUUCAUGUCCUACGACCCGCACGCCGCCUGCCCGCGCAACGCCACCCUGCAGCAGCACCGCCUCCUCUCCAAGGCCUGCGAGCCGCUGCCUCGCCGCCGCUGCCUCUCCGGGGGGCCCCGCGCGGCGCUCCCGGCCUCCAACAUGGGCGUCGACGGCCGCCGCUGGGUCAGGCCGCGCCACGACUACGAGUUCCUCCUCGACGACGUGCUGCGCCUCGGCGCCACCAGGAUCCGGAUUGGCCUCGACGUCGCCGGCGGCGCCGCCAAUUUCGCCGCGCGGAUGAGGGACCGCGGUGUCACCGUCGUCACCACGGUGCUCGACAACGCCGGGAAGCCCAUGAACGAGUUCGUGGCGGCGAGGGGGCUGUUCCCCCUCCUCCUCUCGCCGGCGCACCGGUUCCCCUUCUACGACGGGGUGUUCGACCUGGUGCACGUCGGCACCAAUGCGCUGGACGAAGGUGGCGCGCCAUCAAUGGGGAAUUCCGGCACGGAGGAGGCGCUGGAAUUCUUCAUGUUCGAUGUCGACCGCGUGCUCCGCGUCGGCGGGCUGCUCUGGAUUGAUAGCUACCUGUGCCAGAGUGAGGAGAGGAGGCAAUUGGUUGUGAAUCUCAUUAAGAGAUUUGGCUACAAGAAGCUCAAGUGGAUGGUCGGAGAGAAAGCCGGCACGGGGAGCGCAAAGACGGCAUUGUACCUCUCGGCAUUGUUGCAAAAGCCGGCGAGGGAUUGAUACUGAACUGAUGGAUGAAUUGCUCCAAGCUCAUCACUUGAUCCGAGGUACGAAUGUACCUCACAACUAUUACUUGUAGUUCAGCUGUUUUGAUGGCAAAAAAAAAAAAGAAAAGAAAAGGGAAUGCCAUUUAGGUUCCACGGAACACGGAUUAGCUUGAUUACAUUGGUUGUUCAGAGAUAGUGAAGUGACUUAAAAUAAGUGCAAAAGUGGUACAAUUCUUCUACUUUUGUUAUUGUGCAAUAGGUUGCCAUUAGAUGGGAAACAUAUGUUGUAAUAGUAGGAUUUGUUGCUCAACUGGGGGACUGAAAACAGGACUUCCAUUCCAAUGAUGUGUUCUUUCAUAUCAGGAAGUAAAGGAGAGUAAAUGAUGAUGAUCAUGGAGCUUUUUAUUUGUUACUAGUAUGUGUCUUGUGUGGUCCCUCUGAAGCUGAAUUUCCCUUUUGUGUUGUGAAUACUUGAAUAGUGUAUUGCAUAGCUUUUCCAGUGGAUUUGUUCUUCUGGAAAGUUGAGGACUUGAGGAUCUAGAUUCCACUCUUUCUCUUCUUUUUUAUAGUGCUAGGACAACCAGAAUCCUUUGGUCUGUAAGGAAAGCUGAAAGGUGUAGGAAACCACAUGACACAGAAGAACAUGUCAAAGAAUUACAUUCCUACUUGUUUGAGCCUAUGCUUGGAUAUGAAAAGCUUUCCUGACACAAAUCAUGGUAUGGACUGCUCAUGUAUAGUAUUGAAUAUGUAUGAUAUACUUUGUUCC